GGAGGGCCACCACAGAAAGUAAACCAUUUUUUAAUCGCGGUUAAACGGUCUCGUUGUUAUGAUUAAGGCCAUAAUAACACAGGCAUUGUUCGACUUUUGUUAAUAUCUCGCGGUUAUUAGACAAAAUGAUCUUGGCGCUGUUUUGCUGUGAACGAAAGAAAGACUGUCAGACGCUGCAAGAGGGUCUAGUAGGUCAGCUACAAUUUUCUCAAGGACUAAAUUUGGAUCGUGUAGAGUAAUCAGUCCGAGAUUCCCCGUUGCGAGGAAUAUAUGAGUCACGCGCAUUAGACGUACUUCCUUCCCAUAACGGAACUAUUACUACCGCCAUUCAUACCAUCGGCUCAACGGGAAGAAUUAGCUCUACUGCACUUUAGUCUGUGCUUUGGUUCGAGUUCAAGAAAUAGCUGAGUUCGUGACUUUCGUUAUGACACAAGGGACCUGUUGGCUGCUCUUUCCAUUGAUAUUUAUCCACAAAGUUACGAGUUUUAACAUCGACACUCGGACCAGUAUCGUUUAUAGCCAUCCGACUGGACAAACUAAUGGUUAUUUUGGAUUCUCCGUCACGAUCCACGCUCAUCGGAAUACACGAUGGUUGAUUGUAGGUGCCCCCAAGGCCAAUGUGACGUCAUCCGAUGGGAACCCGCUGACCAGCUUCGGCGCGGUGUUCAAGUGCGAUAUAAAUGAAACAAAAAGCUGUAGCCUUAUUCCUGUUGACAACUCACCCGAAGAAGUCGCAGAGUUCCCAUACAAUGGCGGCUUUCCUUAUGUUCCCAUGGAGUCUAAGAGUGGUCAGUGGCUUGGAGGAACCGUACAGAGUAUGCGCGAUAGCGACAAUCUUUUGGUGUGUGCACCGAGGUACAGUCAUAAGCAAGACGCCCGCCACGAAAAGAAGUUGUUUAACGGACCCAAACUGAAUAACUUCCCUUCAGGGCGGUGCUUUCUACUUCACAGUAACCUCAGCGGAGUGGAGGACAUACUGCAACCUUGCAAACGACAAUCAAAUAAUCCAUACAAUGGAUACUGCCAGCUUGGACUAAGCGCAGCGUCAAUUGAUAACUCGUCUAGCGUUGUGAUGGGGGUAGUGGGGUUGGGAAAUGAUACAGCAAGACUCGUGUAUACAGGCGGUGUCGAAAGGUACUCUCCGGAGUCGAGGGCUUUCGCGGUCUCUUUGUUCGAUCAACGACUCAAGAGAGACGAUUAUAUGGGGUAUGGUGUUGCUGUCUUACGAUUCGAAAACACGACUGGUAUAGCUGGAGGUGCACCACGAGGAGAUAAUUUGGAAGGAAAGGUCUUUAUCUACGAAGAUCGCAAGGAUGGCAUAGUUUUCCAAUCCACGCUUGAACGUCCCAAAGAUUCACAGGUUGGAAGCUACUUUGGUAGUUCAGUGUGCGCUGUUGACCUGAAUAACGAUGGUCUCACAGAUCUAUUGGUGGGAGCUCCGUUGUUCACCAUGACUAUGGAUGAAGGCAGAGUCUAUGUGUAUAUCAGCAACAAAGACGGUGUCCUGAGCUGGGCCAAGUCCAUGACCCUCACGGGGGACUCGGUCCCUGGAGCAAGAUUUGGAUUCGCCCUUGCAGACGCUGGAGAUCUCAAUAGAGAUGGUUUCCACGAUGUCGUGGUAGGUGCACCAUACGAAGGGCCUAACAGUGAAGGGGCCGUCUACGUAUACCAUGGUAACAAGCAAGGGAUACAGAAUCGUUACCAGCAGAAAAUAUUUGCCUCGUCUUUGAGUUCCAGUCUGAGGGGCUUCGGAUGCUCCGUGUCUGGCGCUGUCGACGUAGAUUAUAACGGUUACCCGGAUCUGGUCGUAGGUGCUUACAAAUCGGAUCACGCCGUAUUACUUAGAACAAGCAGGAUAAUCCAUUUGGAGGCUUCAAUCGCGCUGAGUCGAUCUAAGAUCGUGCUGGAAAACUCCGAUCAUCUCUGUGUUCUGGAGGAUGGAACAAGGCAUAAAUGUUUGAAUGCGACAUUCUGCUUCAAGUUCUCCGAUCGGGAACCGUCUAACAGAAAAGACUUACGAAUAUCGUAUCGCAUUGAGCUUGAUAAAGACAAGAUAGCCGAAGAUCUACGGCGUAUCUUCUUCUUAACCUCCGCCCCAGUGACCACUCUCCAAGGUGAAACCACGAUCCCUCAGGGGCAGGAGCUCCACUGUCUCCCUGUCUACCCCGUUUACAUCCGGGAAAAGUUUGAGAUUCUAGACCUUCUUACUCCUAUGACAUUUGAUGUCACCUUCGAUUUGGUUAAUAGGUCAUGCGAAAUGGAUGGGAACGUUCCAUGCCCUGUAUUAGAUGGGUAUAGGCCUACAUCACUCAGGAAUACAGAGUUAAACUUUCAGAAGCAGUGUAGGGGUGUUAUAUGUGAGCCGGAUAUGACGUUACGAGGAACUACCCGGAUAUCUGGUGAAAACAGGGUUCUUCAUAUUGGCAGUUCCGAUAUCGUGAAGGUAGACCUAGAUUUAGUCAACAUCGCCCAAGAUGCGUCUUACUUGACUAAACUAGUUCUCGAACUUCCAUUGGAGCUUAGCUACAUCGGGCCAACGUCCACAGAGUUUAUUCAGUGCACUGCAAGUUACGGAAAUGUCACGGCUACGGUUACUUGUGACGUGGGUAACCCUUUCAAAGGAAAGUCAAAGAAAAAGAUAAACAUCGCAUUCGAAGCGUCAAGAAUAACACAUAGUUUUAUCAUCAGUGCAUUCGUUACGAGCGCCAACAUUGAUGUUGAUUUGAGUAACAAUAGGCUCUCGUUGCCUGUCAGGGCCGCAUACGUCGCCGAUGUAGCUAUCAGUGGGGUGUCGCAACCAUCAGAAGUCAUAUACCAUGUGAAACCAUCCGGCGACGACGUAGAGUUUCAGACUGAUAUUGGACCUGUCAUUGUUCAGACACUCAUGGUAGUUAAUCACGGGCCCAGUUCUGUGGAGCAAGUUGGGGUUAGCGUGGAUACUCCGCAACUAUUACCAGGAAAGCUGAAAGAUGAUUACUUGCUGUACUUGCUCAAAGUCGAGCUGACUUCAGGCGCUGGAAGAUGUAACGCAAUCUCGAAUCCUCUUAGGAUUCCAUCACGCAACCACACUCAGUGGAAUGAGCAUCCAGAAAUAAACGGGCGAGCCGAACUUCGAACCGAGGCUACAAGAAUGAAUUGCAACUCUGCAGUGUGCUACACGUUCGAGUGCACAUUGGGUCGGAUGUCACGAGGGGAUACGGCCACUAUCACGAUUACAUCAAGGCUAUGGGAGGCCACCCUUUUAAAGGCCAAGGCAGGCGUUGUGAACCUCGAGACUACCGCUCACCUCACUGUACCCUCGCACUUGCAGCAGCCGAAUAACACGAAUGACCAAGUGUCGGUUGUUCUGGUUGCCAAGCCUAGUAGAGCCGGCAGUGAGGUCAUCAGGGAAGAGACCCCCUGGUGGAUCUAUCUACUCGCGGUCCUCGGCGGGCUACUUCUUCUGACGGCAGCUAUCUCAAUUAUGUACAGGUUUGGUUUCUUUGAGCGCCAUCGACACGAAGAUUCAUCCACAGAUCCAGAUGAAUUGAAGCCAAUGAAUAUGUAAAGACGAACAGUAUUCAAGGCAAAACUCGCUCAGGGACUCGAAAUUAGUCCAACGCCACGCCUGUUUUCACAUAAGAUCAAUUUACAUUUGGCGAAAGAUAUGAGAUGAAGUGUUUAGACCAAGAAAAAUGGGAUUUUGUUUGUAGCUAGAAGUUUCUAGCUCGUCAUUAACAAACAAAUACAAGGAAUAUAUAUAGUAUUUUACACAAGGAAUGUAAAAAAAUAUGAACACUAUGUCGCAGUUACUGUAUCAGGAGUUUUAUUAACUAGGCCCAGAGCUUUGCCUAUGGAAGCAAGUCCCUCGUUACUUUUUUUAGGGGACCAGGAACAAUUGACAGGGAAACUUCUUCAAUUUUUUUCCCUAAAUUAAAUCAUUUAAAUUUAAGCGCCAAAAAUGUUUCUUAUCGAAGUUUAUUUAUGUUAGAAAGUAUUUUAUUUUUAUUUAUUUUUUGAAAUAUUGGCUUCUUGUCAGUCUUCAUAACCUCCCAGAGUGAAAACUUUGCAAUCUAAUAACCCUUAAAAUCACGCCGCCAUUUUAUGCCCCCGCUCAAUGCCAAUUUAAACAAAGCAUCCAUUUCCAUCGGCUAAUUCAGGCCCGUAGCCAGAAUUUUGAAUGGGGGGUUUCUUUAAGAUCGCAUCAGUACUCAAUUUUCCUUGGUAGUUUCUUGGUGUUACGGAGCAUAAGCACCAAAAACACAAUGGAGCAAAAUCCAAAAACAAUUCCCUGCUACCAGAAGCUUAUUUUCUCUGUAUUUCGCUGGGCUGGCGUUCGCGAGGAAAAGAGACCUCUGCCAUGGGUCGAAACUGUUUUCGUUGCGCAUGCGUGAGCGUUUCUAAGCGACCGCAUGAAGUGCCAGAAACCGUACCAUUGCGCGAAAGCUGUCAAUAUGCUAAUUUUUGUCGCAAAUUAUAAAUCAAACUCCAGUUAGUUAUGCUCUUCGAAAAAAGAAAACAACUGUUCAAUUUCAGUCACCUAAAACGUCACUAAAAAGAUUGAACAGCAAACGCCAGCCCAGCGAAAUACAGAGAAAAGAGGCCUCUGCUAGCAGAAGAGUACAAAGGCUAAGAGCAACAAACAUAGCUCUCCGGCCGUAACACCAAGGAAUGCCCAUUUUCCGGUUGUUUUUCUCCCUUGAAAACUUUGUUUGGGGAGCACUGAUCAAAACAUGGUCGAGGUCAUGGGUCCAACGCUUUCUUUCUUUUGCCGCAAAAGUCUAGCUAGCCUCCUCCGCAGGCGUCUCUGAACGUUAGAAACCGAGACUCGGGAUUCCUGUGGUCGACAAAUUCCUUUGUUAAGGGAGGGAGGGGACAAUGUCGACGCAUCACCACAGGAAUCCCGAGCUCCUGUGUUUCUUUUCUGCUGCUUUCUGGGCAAAGCGAUGCCUGCGGAGAUGGCUAAAGUCUAGCCUGAUUGUCAUUUCACAUAUCAUUAACCUCAUUGAGACUAAUCAUUCGAUACCAAUUUUGGCAGUUACUGUUGCUAUGGUAACCAAGCCACACCCAAAAUACAUGAUUUUAAUGCUCUUACGGUAACAGCUCUAGCUCUGAAACUAUAAUUGGAACACAAACCAAACUAAGGAUAUUCAUUGCUAAUACCUCAAACUAUGUAAUGAACCUAAAAUUGCUAUAUAGUUGACAUAAAUGGAAACUUAUCAAGUAAACAAACAAAAAGCUUAUAAUUUUAACCAGCAUUCUUUGGUAAAAAGCCUUCAUAUUACUAAGCAUUGUAAAAAUUUCAAGGUUUUUGAGGUUCAUUACACUACUACACUAUCAAUAAUUAUUCCUGCCAAAUUUCAUGCAAUAAUAUUAAAAACACAGGAACUAG